CUCUUCUCUCCUGCAGGACCUUACCUGUUCCUCGCUCCAGCGCUGCAGUCUUUCCACGGCUGCUUCUGUCCGCAGUCUCUGGUAAUCUCCUUUACUAACUGCAGACUCUGGUCAUCCCCUGCACUGUCUGCAGUCUCUGGUCUUCUGUACCGUGUCCGCAGUCUCUGGUCAUCUCCUGUACCGUGUCCGCUGUCUCUGGUCAUCCCCUGUACCGUGUCCACAGUCUCUGGUAAUCCUCUGUACCGUGUACGCAGUCUCUGGUCAUUCCCUGUACCGUGUCCGCUGUCUCUGGUCAUCCCCUGUACCGUGUCCGCAGUCUCUGGUCAUCCCCUGUACCGUGUCCGCAGUCUCUGGUCAUCUCCUGUACCGUGUCCGCAGUCUCUGGUCAUCUCCUGUACCGUGUCCGCAGUCUCUGGUCAUCUCCUGCACCGUGUCCGCAGUCUCUGGUCAUCUCCUGUACUGUGUCCGCAGUCUCUGGUCAUUUCCUGUAUUGUGUCCGCAGUCUCUGGUCAUCUCCUGUACUGUGUCCACAGUCUCUGGUCAUCUCCUGUACUGUGUCCACAGUCUCUGGUCAUCUCC